CAUAAAUGACAGCACAAAUGGGUCUCUGUGACACUCAAAUAGGUGCUAACAGAGGACUACUUAUUAUAUGCAUUUUUUACCCUUUUCCAUUUGCUCCUAGGUUUUUAGAACUUUGGCUGUAAAAAUGGGCAGGAUUUUCCUUGACCACAUCGGAGGGACCCGUCUAUUUUCUUGUGCAAACUGUGACACGAUCCUGACGAACCGCUCAGAACUCAUCUCCACCAGGUUCACGGGCGCCACCGGCAGGGCGUUCCUGUUUAACAAGGUCGUGAACCUGCAGUACAGUGAAGUUCAGGAUCGGGUCAUGCUCACCGGCCGCCACAUGGUCCGAGAUGUGAGCUGCAAGAACUGCAAUAGCAAGCUGGGCUGGAUCUACGAGUUUGCCACCGAAGACAGCCAGCGCUACAAGGAAGGCCGCGUCAUCCUGGAGCGGGCGCUCGUGCGUGAGAGUGAGGGCUUUGAGGAGCAUGUGCCAUCUGACAACUCUUGAAGAGGGAGACAAAAGGCCGCCUUGUCCCAGGUCUCCUUCACGGAAAACAAAACCUGCUUACAUACACUGUCACCUUAGCGUCCGUUGGAUUCAUGGACUGCGGAACCAGAGGUUGUGAGAAUCUGAGAUGGAACCUUUCUUUUUCUUUUGUUUUUUCUUUUGUAUUCUCCAUCCAACAGCAGUGUGUAGAGAGAAUAUUAUGCAGAUGCCGUUAAUUUUUUUUUCCCUCUGUUUACAUCUUGAGGCAGAAGAGUCUGUCUGUACUCCCGUGGUGGGCUAUGUAAGGAAACACAUGGGCUAUUCGGGCAAAAGGGUGUUGUGUGUCAAUUUCAAAAGGAAAACGUGUCUAGGGCAUGGUUUUAAGCCUCCUUGGGCUUCUUGUAAAACUUGUUUUUUUAUAAUAAACCCAGUUAUCUCCCUUGGUUUGCUGGUUUCAGCGGAGAGGCGGGGCCUGUGCCCAGCGCUGAGGCUUGCUGUGGGCUUGGCUUGUGCUGGCUGGUGAGCCUCCCCGCUGGGCCCCGCUCUCAUCUGAGGGGACCACGGCACCAGAGCCCACACUUCCUUGUCAGUCUCGACCCAACAACGUCACCUUCCCAGCUAUCUGUCACCAUGUGAUUGUUGAUUGGAAACUUUUUCUGAGAUGGGUUGUCUUUUUCCAUGUAACUUAAGCAUAGUAAUAUAAAUAAAGUAAUAGUUGGA